UAUUUUUAGCGCCAAAUUCACAUUAUUUGUGAUAUUCAUUAAGGAAUAAAAGAAAAUAGAUAAUAGGUUAGGAAAUAUGAGUAAAGCAUCAUAAAAGAAUACAACGUAAUAAACGCUUUUUAAUACUCUGAACAAUAAAAAUAAGAAGUAAUAAUUGGAAGAUUCAGCUGAUGAGAGCAAAAAUGAAAGCUCUCCAUUGCAAUUAAGAAAAUCUAGUAGAAUAUAAUAAUAAAGGAUAAUAUAAGAGUAGCAAUCAAUAGCUCCAUAAAAGAAAUAAUCUGCUAAAAUUAAUUCCAAAUAAAAAUUAAACAACUAAAAAACUUAAGGUAGCUCUCAAACUACACUGAACUACUUACGCAAAGACAGUAAUAAUCUACAAACACCGUAAAUAUAGUCAUAAAGUUUAUCUUAAGAUAUAUCUUCAAUAUAGUCUACCAUUCCUUCUCCAAGUAUUAAUAUCCCUAAAAAAUAAAACUAGUAGCUAUUUCAAAAAGUUAUAUCUGAUAUCAAUUAUGAAUUGAUAGUUUAAAAAAUAGAAAAAUUUUAGCCAUUUAUAUCUUCUCUCGUCAGCAAUAUCACAAAUUAUAUGAAGGAAUAAAAAAAUGAAAAAUAGCAAAAAUUAGAAAUUAACGUUGAUAAAAUUGAGAAGAUGAUCAAAUAUAUAUUAUUUCGUUUUAUUACAUCUUCACCCUUUUCUAUGUGGAGUAACUUAUAUAGUCCUCAAAGAGUAUCUCAAUUAAUAGAAGAAUCUAAUGGAUAAUUAAUUUAGUUAUGGAUUAGGAAGUAUUAUAAAGGUAUUAAAGAUAAAUAAAAGGGGGAGUCACUAUUUGGUUAUGUUGAUUCUGAUGAUGACUUUUCUGAAUACUUUGAUAAUACCUCAAAUAAUAGUAAUAUGAAUGAAGAAUAUACAAAACUGUUGAAUAGUAAUGCCUGCAAAAAUUGGAAAAAUAAAGGAAAUAUUUUAAUAUUAAAUGGUAGAGAAGGAUGUGGUAAAACAACUGCUUUAAAGGCAGCAAUUAAGUCACUUAAAAUGCAAAUUAUAGAAAUUAAUAACAGCAUGAAAAGAGGAGGUACAGAUCUUAAAAAAAUCACUGAAAUUACUUAAAGCUGCGUUUUAUAAAAUGGCUCUUCUACAAAUAAUGAAAAGCAAUAAAAUUAAAAUAAAAAAGGAACGUUGAAUUCUUUUUUUGUUCCUAUUAAAAAAAUACACUCUUAAAAUACUUAAGAAAGUGAUUAACAAGAUUAAAUUAAUAUUGAUGCUAAAGAUUCAAGUAAAAAAGUGAUAUACUUUAGAAAUUUUGAUAUUCAGCUUGAUACUUUAUUUUAAAAUGAAGUUUUAAAGUUAUCAGAAAACUCUAAAGUUCCCUUUAUAUUAUCAAUUAAUUAAGAUAAUGAAUAAAAUUUAAAGGGAAUUAGUCUUCAGGACAAAGAUAUUGUUUAGUUUUAGCCUAUAUCAUAUGAAUAAAUUACUAUCUUUUUAUACAUUAUAUUUGAAGUUGAAAGAAAUUAUAGAAAAUACCAUUUUAUGAAUCCCUUAUAUAUUGCAAAUUUAGUCAAAGAAGAUAAUGAAAAUCUUUAAGAUUCUGAAAUGUAAAAAGAGUAAAAAGAAUCAAAGGAGGAUAUCUUACUCUAAAGCGAGGAAUUCAAUACUUUUAUGAUAAAUUUUCCCUCUGAUGUUUAUUCUGAAAAAUAACACAUAAAUACAAUUAGUAAGUUAGUUCAUAUGUUUAAUGGAGAUUUGCAGACAUGUCUUUCUUUUGUUUAAGAUAACAUUAAAAUUAUAUCUUAACGUUCUGAAUUUGCUACUAUUUCUAAAUCGAUUGAUUACAACUAAUUGAGAAACAUAAAGUUAAAUAACCUAAAUUAAAUAUUUUUAACUGAUAUUCCUAUUUAAGAAAUAAAUGAUACGUUUAAAUUUAACACAGAAAAUACCUAUCAGAUAUUUCUAAACUCUUCACAUAUUCCUUGUUCUGACUACUCAGAGUAGCAGUUGGAGGAUAGUUUUGAAAUAAGAGAAUUAUAAAAUCAUUUAAUGAACUUAGAAAACGUUUAAGCCUUAGAUUUACUAAAUAGUAAGUUAGAGAAUGAGAAAUUAAAUAGAAAAAUAUUCAAAGAAAGUUUGAAUACAAAAGAUUCAGAAUAAGAAUUAUUUUACAACAAAGAAAAAAAGAUAGGAAUAGAAAAAUUUUGUUACAAAAUCAGCUAAUUAAAAGAUGAUAUAAACUUAGAAUUGCAAACUCUUUGCAAAAAUAUUAACUCUAAUUAUCCAAAAAAUUAGCAAAAACAAGCAGACAAUAAUAAAAACAUAGAUUUGAUUGUAGUCUCUAAUUUUUUAUAAAAUAAUCUAAACUAAACAGUAAACGACCUUUAAGAUAAUAUAUUUUAUCAAUAAUAUAAAAACUACAAUGUUUGCACUGAUAAAGCUGAAAAAUCUGAUAAAUUUUAUAUUAAAAAGUCUCUUAUAAAAUAAUACUUUCAAAUAAUUCCAGUAUUAGACACUAUAAAAACAAACUAUAAUAUAAGUUCUAAAAGAACAAGAUCAUAAUAUAAUAAAACUUAAAAAGAUAUCGCAACAAACCCAUUAUCAAUAGUUGAAUAAACAAUUAGCAAAAGCUCGUAUGCUCAAUUUAAAUUACUACUUAGUUAAUUUAAUCUUAGAAAGCAAAACAGUUUUUCAUAAAACUAUCAAAAAGAUAAUCAAAACAUAUAAAAUAUUAGUAAUACUCUAAAUGUACUCUCAUUACAGAUUUCUCAGUAAAGUGAUUCCUCAUAAUCAAGUUUAGAAAAUGAAGAAAAUAUAUAAGUUAAUGAAGAGAAAUCAAUUAUUCACUAAAAAAAAACUGAGAAUAUAGAAGAUCAGAACAAAUACGAUUAGCAACAAAUUUAAGAUUUAAGUUAUACUGAUUAAAAAUAUUAAUAAACAGAGUAAUAAAAAUUAGAAGAACAAAAUUAAAUAACUACGUUUUAGAAAUAUCCAAACAUAAAUAUUAUUGAAAAUAAAGAUAAUUUAAAAGAUAAAGAAAUGGAAGUCGAAUAUUAUGACAAUUAAAAUGAAAGUUUAAAAUAAGAUUCUGAAAAUGUAGACCCAAAUAUAAAUUCAUAAAAUUUAAUAAAUGAAAGAGAUUCAAAAUAAAAACUCAUAAAUGAUUAAAAUUUUUAGUAUCAGCAAAAUUAAGUUUCUUAAAUUGCUUAUUAAGUUUGAAAGUCUUAAAAA